AUGGGUGUGCAAGUGUGAAAAGCACGCCUUCGGUGUUUUCAGCUUUUCUUACGAAAAUGUUGUCUAGACAAUUCAUUUCUGAUCCCCGAAAAUAUUCCGCCCUCUUUCGUGCGCUCGCCGGCGUACGCACAGGGAGAAACUGUUCCUUGAAACAGCCAGGAUGCCGGCGCUACGGGAGUGGUCCGCACGGCGGCAACAAGUCGGUGGUACACAAACAGAUCACUAUGGAUGAUAUACCCGGUUUUAUAGGACCUUGGCAGGAGAAGUUCGCUGAGACGCAGCGGGGUUCAAUCGGCGACUGAUCGUUGGAAUCGCGUUUUUUACAAGCACGGCCGCGUACGCUUGGUAUUCGGGCUCGCUCGAUUACGUCGACGCACCGCCCAUGAAAAAUCCGGACGACAAGAAAACCGCCGCAACUACGUCGAAAUCGCACGCUGGCUCAAAAGUACAACCGUCUUCAAAUACGAAGCUGCCGGAGUCUGUUCCGUAUCUGCUCGUCGGUACCGGCACGGCGUCGUUCUCCGCAUUCCGGGCGAUUCGCGCCGCCGACCCAACGGCGAAAGUGCUCGCGAUCGGGGAAGAACCUUACAAGCCGUACAUGAGGCCGCCCCUCUCGAAGGAACUGUGGCUGUCCGACGAGUCGCGCAAGACGCUUAGCUUCAAGCAGUGGAACGGCCGCGAGCGCAGCAUAUUUUUCGAGCACGAGGACUUCUACUGCCACCCUGACCAGUUGAUGGAGCGCGAGACUGGAGGCAUCGCUGUCGUCAGCAACUGUCGCGUCGUUCGCAUCGACUCCGAGGCCCAGAAGGCGAUUCUGGAGGACGGCCGCGAGAUUCGCUACGAAAAGUGCCUCAUCGCCACUGGCGGCCAGCCCAAAAACCUGCCCGUGUUCGAGAAACCCGAACUGUCCGGUAAGAUAACGUUGUACCGAACCGUGGACGACUUCAAGGCGUUAGACGAGCUGUCUCGACGUGCCAAAUCGGUGGUGAUCGUUGGCGGUGGCUUCCUGGGCAGUGAACUGGCCUGCGCUCUCGGUAGGCGCGGCAUGAAGACGGGUCUCACCGUUUACCAGGUGUUCUCCGAGAAAGGCUGCAUGGGUCGCGUGCUUCCGGAGUACCUGUCUCGCUGGACUACGGAUAUGCGUGACGAGGGCGUCCAGGUGAUUAGCAGCGCUCGAAUCACCGACGCAAGGCCGGGCCCGCGUGGUCAAGUGCUGCUAAAGCUUAGCUCAGGCCAAGAGAUCGCAGCGGACCACGUCGUCGUAGCCGUUGGUCUGGAGCCCAGCACCGACCUGGCGAAGGCGUCGGGCCUCGAGGUCGACGACAAGAUCGGAGGUUUCAAGGCGAACGCCGAGCUGGAGGCCCGCUCGAACCUCUGGGUUGCGGGCGACGCGCUGUCCUUUUACGACACCAAGUUGGGGAGGCGACGUAUCGAGCACCACGACCAUGCCGUUGUGACGGGCCGUCUUGCCGGCGAGAACAUGACGGGGGCGCGCAAACCCUACAAGCACCAGUCGAUGUUCUGGUCGGACCUGGGGCCCGAGGUGGGCUACGAGGCGAUCGGCAUCGUCGAGUCGCACCUGCAGACGGUCGGCGUGUUCGCGCGCCCCACGGAAUCGGAGAACGAGGAGGCUACGCCGGUCGCGACUACUGUGAGCGCCAACCGCGACGACUUGCCCCGGUCUCCGGACAGCGGCGACGAUUACGACAAGGGAGUAGUGUUCUACCUCCGAGACGAUGGGGUAGUCGUGGGCAUCGUCCUGUGGAAUAUCUUCAACAGGAUGUCGGUGGCGCGCAAGAUUAUAAAUGAGCACAAAGCGUACGAGGACUUCACGGACCUCGCGAAACUGUUUGACAUUUACAGCGAGGAUUGAAAGCCUUUCGUGGGCCACCUGAAAACGGUGUUGUAGUGCCUAGACUGCAUACCGGUGCAGUGCUUACACAUGAGUGUUUGUUACUUAGGUCGAUAUAUUUUUUUUCUCUCGCGUGAAAUUGCGAACUUCGAAACUUUAAUGCAGCUCAUCUGUGUUGAAUUUUGUUGUUUAUGGUCAAAUGUUCUCGCAACUUAGUAUUUCAAACGCUGUUCAAGGCAUGUUACAUGUUGCAUUAAUACUUGCAGGCACAUCGAAAUGAUCGAAACACGCAUAUAACUUAAUUUCGUUGUUUAUUUGUGCAUCCAUGCUGUGCAUGCUACAUUCCGCACAAUCGAAGUAUCUGUUUUGGUUUUUGUACUCAUGUUGCUUGAGCCACUUGAUUUUUAGACUGUCUAAGUAUGGCCAUAGACACACGCUUGCCAUUACAUUUCAUUUUUUUAGCCUGGUGUGAGGCAGAGGGUAUAUGGGUCACUGCCAUAAAUAGCCAAUUGAGAUCAUUAAACGUUCAUGGAGCUACUCAGGUUCACUAGUUUGGCUGAGCUAUAAUGUUUUUUUUCGUUUGAGCAUUUCAGAGACAUGCAGGCCUGCUUGUUUACAAGUCUGUGCAGAUAAGCUGCUGUGACACUAUGAACUGGGUUUGUUAGCAUUAAAAGAGGUACUAAAGAUGCUCGCGAUUUCGGUCUGUUGUGAAACAGUCUGUGUAAUGCCUGAUUUUGAAUACAAUUAUGAAGAACUACUGUACAUGACAUCACUGUGCAUUGUGUUCAUUUUUUUUCUCUGGGACAGGCUUACUGUAGUGAAUGGAUAAUUCCGAUGACUUCUUAUAGCGCCUACAAUCAUGUUAGCAUUGGCUAGGUACUUUAUUGAUAUUACCUUUCUUUUGUCAAAAGGCUUGUACUAAAAGUGAUGCGGUUCAGUGGUGACAUUGCAGCAUCAUUCAGAAGUGCCAAGAUAAUGCACAUUUUUCCAUUCAGCUGUGCUUUAUGCUGUGUAAGCUUUUAUGAGCUCAGAACAAGUGCCGGUUUUGGUGGCGAUUUCUGCCACCACCACCACCAGUGUCAGUCACAGCUGUUAGCAUGAUAACUGACAGAAUAUGAGUGUUUAAAUUGCUAGCGAAACCAGAUGUGGCAUUCGAGUACACUAUCACAGAGCUACGUCGGCACUUUGAAUGUCCAACCUUUGUUGCAUUGCCACUGAAGGAGAAGGAGAGGGCUGGUAUAACUUGAAAUAGGGGAAGGAAAGUGCCCCUUUUUCUAACACCCAUGCGUUUGUGGAGAUGUAAUAUGACAUGGCUGAAGCGUGGAGUCUUGCCAGAUAUCACACUAUGCUGAUUGCAUUAUGGGUGAGUGGUUUAAAGCUGUCCACUUGUUACAGAGCGAUCAGUCAUGGCUCGUGACAAUCGUCACCAGCCACAACAUCAACGAAGUGUGCUGCUAUCAAGUGCACAUAUGGCAUUACACAUGAGUAGUAUCUACUUCAUGAUAGUGCAAUAUCAUGAUUAAUAAGGCGCAUUGUAGGGUCUGCAUCAUGCGGCCCCUGGCAUGACGCCAAAAUACCACCCCGCCCCUUGUCACUUCCUAUCUGAGGACUACAUGACAUUUUCGACCUCAAAUAGGGUUUGCGCUUGUAACCCAUGUUUGUAAAAUACUACCUUGGCACAUGCAUGUCGAAAGGAAACAUGAUUCUAUUUUAAAUUUGUACAGUAUUGCUGAUACGCUGAAUUCUUUCUCUUUGCCAUCACCCCCCACCCUGUUUGAGAUGUCUUCAGCAAAGUGGCCCUCUGCCUAAAAGGGUUGCCGUCACCUAGUUAUUGGAUACUGUGCAACUUUAUUUGCACUAGAGAGGCCCUAAGGAAAUUCACAAGAUGUCUAUAAGGCCUCUCAUUCAGCUUAUGCUGCGACUGUGCUACGUCUUCCAUGCAGGUCUGGUGUUCUGGUAUGAAAGUAGUUGCAGGCAUAGGUGUGCAUAGGGGGAGGGUGGGGACAGGACCUUUCUAAUUCUGCACCAUACCUUUACUCAGAACGAUUUUCCACAACAUUUUUCAAUAUGCAGGCUUAUGGCUACAUGUUUCUUGAAGAUAAUGGUGGCCAUGGACCCUGGAGAACUGUCCACCUUUAUCCCGGAAGGUCGUGGACCAAUGUCAGGAUUUUGUGAGAAGCACAUCAUCACAUCAAUGUCUAAUUUUCAUUUUUGCAUCCAUUAUGGAGCUAAUUUUCUUUCAGACUCGACCGGGGGGGGGUCACUGCUGUGAAACUUUCUGUCCUCUUAUGUAGUGCCCUGCUCACGCCUAUGGUUACAGCGAACAGAAAAAAAAAAAGCGGUUCACUUUUGUAAAGAAUAAGAACUAUGUGUUUGAUUGAUGUAACACUUAAGCAGUGUAAUCUCGACUACAUUUGGUGGUUACAUUUCGGGAAUGGCGAAAUACUAGAAGCCUGUGUGUUGUGAGAUGUUAGUGAACAUAAGAGAAUACCGAAUGGUCAAAAUUUUCAGAGCCCUCCACUACGGCAUCUCUCAUAAUCAUACUGUGGUUUUAGGACGUAGAACUCCAGACAUUACUAUUAAUAUUCUAUUCAUUUCAGAGCAGGUUGUUUCAUGGACGAAGUGAGUGCACGAGUCAAGUGUUCUAGUGAAAGAUACUGAAGCAUGGGUGGGCUAAUUUGAAUUCCAUAUUUUAAAAAUUUAGCCUGCAAAAUGUACGCAGUAGACAAAAAGGUGACAACGAACAGUGCAGACUUCCAAGUGGUGUUUAUUACGGCAACACACAGAUAUACAGAAUGUUCCGCAUCUCUAAAACCUAGUUUAAAAAAGAAAUGAUUAACCAUGGCUGAAUUAAACCAACUACACAUGGAUUGCCAUCAUGUGGAACUUCUUAGGAUAUUUUUAUAUUGUGCCUAAUUUGUUAAUUUACUAAGACCAGUUAUGCAAAAUGUUUAAUAUUUACUUAAGGGUCUAGUGCGUUUUGUUACAUUGUUGAGGGCAUCCGAAAACAACUGUUCAAAUUUUUUGUGACAAUGUGCACGCUGCGUUAUGAAUUUUUCUGGAGUUGAAAGAAACCGUGUAAAUAUGCAAUAAAACCAUGUAACUGGACUAGCAUGCUACAGUACUGCAGCACUCUUAAACAUGCUUCCAGCAAAACAACCCACAUACGUACUAUGGUGAAAUGAGUUGCUUUGGAUAUAGGCAUCAACUUCCCAGUGCUUCAGCAUGUUUGAUGGCUACAGGUGGUAAGAAAGUAUUGUUGACAGUCCGCGCACCAGUUGUAUCGGUGGAAGCGUGGUUGAUAAUGGUGCAGUCAGAUAGUGCUUGAGCACAGUCACAUGGUUUUCAUGCGACAGCAUAAAAGUGCUUGUUUAGCAGGAAUUCUAGUGUCGGCUGGGCUGUUGUUGGUUGUAAGUGAAAAAUCAUCUAGUGUGUGACUGAAAAAUCAAGAAAGAUGCAAAUAAAAUCAAUGUUAGUAA